CCGGGCUGCGAGGUGCCGCCGCAGCCAGCCGGUCGGGAACGCGCGGGGAGCCGGGUGACUGAGACCCCGGGUGAGAGCCGCCUACCUGCAGUCGUCGCCCACAGCUGGGCCGCCACCAUGGCGCUUCUGCUGCCCUUCGUGCUCCUGGGCGGAGUCGUGGAUUUCACCGGAAGUUUGAGUAUCACUACUCCUGAACAGAUGAUUGAAAAGGCCAAAGGGGAAACUGCCUAUUUGCCGUGCAAAUUUACCCUCGGUCCAGAAGACCAGGGACCUCUGGACAUCGAGUGGCUGCUAUCACCAGCUGAUAAUCAGAAGGUGGAUCAAGUGAUUAUUUUAUAUUCUGGAGACAAAAUUUAUGAUGACUACUAUCAAGAUCUCAAGGGACGAGUACAUUUUACAAGUACUGAUCUCAAAUCUGGUGAUGCAUCAAUAAAUGUAACAAAUUUACAGUUGUCAGAUAUUGGCACAUACCAGUGCAAAGUGAAAAAAGCUCCCGGUGUUGGGAAUAAGAAGAUUCAGCUGACAGUUCUUGUUAAGCCUUCAGGUACAAGAUGUUACAUUGAUGGAUCAGAAGAAAUUGGAAGUGACUUUAAACUAAAAUGUGAACCAAGAGAAGGUUCACUCCCAUUACGAUAUGAAUGGCAAAAAUUGUCCAACUCACAGAAACUGCCCACCUCAUGGUUAUCAGAAAUGACUUCACCUGUUAUAUCUGUAAAAAAUGCCACUACCGAAUACUCUGGGACAUACAGCUGUACAGUCAAAAACAGAGUGGGCUCUGAUCAAUGCCUGCUGCGCCUGGAUGUUGUUCCUCCUUCAAAUAGAGCUGGGACAAUUGCAGGAGCCAUUGUAGGAAUUUUGCUGGCGCUAGUGCUCAUUGGUCUUAUCGUCUUUUGCUGUCGUAAAAAGCGCAGAGAAGAAAAGUAUGAAAAGGAAGUUCAUCAUGAUAUCAGGGAAGACGUGCCUCCUCCAAAGAGCCGUACGUCCACUGCCAGAAGCUACCUCGGCAGCAAUCACUCAUCCCUGGGAUCCAUGUCCCCUUCCAACAUGGAAGGCUAUUCCAAGACUCAGUAUAACCAAGUACCAAGCGAAGACUUUGAGCGCGAUCCUCAGAGUCCGACUCUCCCAACUGCUAAGGUAGCUGCCCCUAAUCUCAGUAGGAUGGGAGCGGUGCCCGUGAUGAUUCCAGCACAGAGCAAGGACGGGUCCAUAGUAUAGAGCCUCUGUACCCUUCAUCUGUGCUCUCCUCUUGAGAUGUGAACACCUGUUUUAAUUUUUGCUACCAGCCUCAAAAUAUAUAUAUAUAUAAAAAGUUAACCAAAAACUGUAAGAAUAAUACUUCAAAAAGUUUUGUUUGGUUAUAUUGAAAUAGUAAAGGCAUUAAAGUUCUAAGGACAAAUUCACCAUCUAAAUAAUAUUUCCUUUAAGAGCUUGACUUUAUAGGUUUCUGACUAUCAAUACUUAAGUCAGCUGUGGCACUUUGAAUAUGAAAUCAUAGGUGAAGAAAUAAAUUGGUGAACUUA